UUCAAGAGAUGGCUUCUGGGGGGCGAUGGCAUCUUUUGGAUCUCAGGAAAGCCCGGCUCCGGAAAGUCGACGCUGAUGAAGUUCCUCGCCGACAACCCUGCUACGUCCGAGUACCUUACGCAGUGGGCUCACCCCGAGACCCUGAUGACUGCGGCGCAUUAUUUCUGGAUUUCGGGCUCCCAGUUACAGAAGUCGUAUGUGGGUUUACUUCGGUCUCUUCUUUUUGAGAUUCUGACUGCUGCUCGCGACGCCAUCCCUUCCAUAUGCCCGGAGCGAUGGAAAAUGAUGAAAGGCCAUGCAGAUAACCCGACUUCAAAGCCACCAGGGCCCUGGACGGUCUCUGAGCUAUCGAGUGCAAUGCAUGCCAUCGCCAAGCACGCCAGCCUCGGGACAAAGAUCUGUCUCUUCGUGGAUGGGCUGGACGAAUACAACGGAGACCAUGUUGAUCUUUGCAACAUUUUGAAGUCGCUUGCCGAGUCGCAAAAUAUCAAGAUGUGCGUGUCAAGUCGGCCGUGGAACGUGUUCGACACUGCGUUUGGCGGAGAUCAGACCAGGCUGCUCUCCGUUCAUGAGCUCACCAGGAGUGACAUUGCCACGUAUGCGCGUGGUCAACUUCAGACACACCCCAAGUGGAAUAACCCAGUUAUGGAUGAAAUCAGGAAGGAUUAUUUGAUUGAACAAGUAUGCGAGCGAGCCGAAGGCGUGUUCCUGUGGGUUUACCUGGUGACGGGAUCGUUGCGGGCAGGAUUCACCAACGAAGAUGAAAUCGAUGACCUUCAAAAGCGGAUUGAGGCGUUACCUACUGAUCUUGAGAAGCUCUUCCAGCACAUCUUGGAUCAUCUGGACCCCGUAUAUCACCAAAAGUCGGCUGAGAUUAUUGAAGUAGCCAUCAAUGCUCGCGGAAAGCUCUCGCCACAGAUAUAUGGCUAUCAUGAAAUGGAUCAUGAUGACGAAGAAUACGUGUUGGCCCGGCGAAUGGCUGGUGGCCACACGGGCGAGAACACGGACGAAUUCAAUGCUAGGUCAGUCCGGCGGAUCAACGCCCUGACAAGCGGCCUUCUGGAGGUUCGUGGGGGACACACUUACAUGACAUUCGUCGACUUUCUUCAUCGGACCGUCGGGGACUUUUUCGCCACGCUCGAGGGCCGUCGGUACCUAGCGCGAAAGGUUAGGCCC